CCUCACCACUGUGUUCACUUUCUCUGCUAUUUCCCUGCGCACCACCCAGAAAUUCCACCCAUCCAUCUAAACCCUCAUCACGCCGAUCUGCCUCGGUUUAUAGUCCAAUUCUUUUCCUCGUAGAACCAAACACAUACGCCUCGCGCUCGCCACGAUGGAUUUCUCCGAUAUCUUUCGCAUUGUGAACUUCGCCGUCGCCGUGUUUAUGGUCCUCGGUGGCAUCUCGAAGUUCUUCGGAUUCAAUGACUUGAUAGGAGCUCUUGGGGAUGGAUGGGAGGGGUGGAUCAAUAUGGCCGAUGAACUUGGCUUCUCAGAUAUCAUUCUCGGUGUUUACCUCGUCCUCUUCGGUGCUGGAACUGCCCUCCUUGGCUCUGCGAUAGUUGAGUUUCGGUGGACAGAGUCAUGCUGUCGGCGCCGUCUCACCUUCCCAGCUCAAUGUCUGUCUGGUAAGAUCCAGAUCCCACCGCAAGUUGCGCGUUAUGCGUCUUUCAUGUUCUCGUUCCUCGGACGUGGAGUCUUCUACAUUUUCAUUGGCUCCGUGAUUGUCGGCCCGGGAUGGUUCCGAUGGCUUCCCGGCACGAUCGUCGGUGUCAUUGGCAUCGGCUAUGCCGUGCUCGAGUACAUCCCGUCGAUUGAGCCCCCGGCCAAUAUGCGUGAUGCGGACGCUGGCUGGGGCGCCGAACAGGUCUAACCGUGACCACUCGCCCACCUGGUCUCAUCCCAGCCCAAGCUCACGCCCAAGCCCAGGCCCAGGGGGGCCACGCGGUCGAGGAUGGCGUUUGUAUGAUUCCUCCUGCAGAUCCGGCUGGGGGACUUGAAAGAGAGGGGGCGGGAGGGGGUG